GCCCCCGUUAUUCCCUCUGAGAGGAAGUGAUGUCACGCCACCACCACCGCUUUGAGAGGGACUACCGGGGACCCUGGGAGCGGAGAGACAUCCGCCCUUCUGGCCUCCACAAUGGAGGAGCCAACCAUUGCUGUGCCUCUGCCGUCGUCAAUGGCAACAACCGUCCGGGGCUCCUUCCCCUCCCAGUCAUCCCUUCCUUCCUCCCCACCCCGGUUACAGUUGCCGUGACAACAUCGAGUAGCGACAUCGCGGUCAAGCGAGGCAUCACGGCAGCAGGAUCAGUGGCUUCCGCAUCUGCCAAGGUAUCAGGUCUGUCUCCCGGAGAUAACCAGACCCCAGGACUGCUGCUGGCCCCAGGGGUGAGGUGGGGGCAGACACCCAUCAACCAGCUCACACCCUGGGAUACAGAUGAGCCCCCUGCCAAGCAACAUCGAGACAGCGAGCCCACUGGUCCUGCCUGGGCUACAUCAGUAGCAGCGGUGAGCCAGCCCAGUCUCCUGCCCCACACCUACGCCCUUGCCCAACCUCCCUCCUUCAACCACAGCGUGACUGCACAGUCACCCAUAAUAGGGGUAACCCCAUCCAUGCAAGCACCAAUUCUCCCGCAACACCCUCUAAUGACCGCCCACUUCCAGCUGACGCCGCACUCCACCCAGCAGCCGCCCUCCAUGGUGCUCAACAUGCCUGGGCAGCCUCCGUACCCCUCCAUACCAUCUGCCCUCGCGGCCCAGGCCAACCACGUUAUUCAUCCAAACCCUCACAGCCUCAUGGGCAACGGCCACUUAACCUCUCACCCCGGCCUCCUCCAGCACCCCGCCCUGCCUUUGACUAACGGACAGGCGGCAGCAGCACACGCCCAGGCCACAGCCGGAGACAAUCAGGACGGUCCUAACGGGGUGCAGAUGCUGCGCACCGUCGGGAUGGGGAAGUACGAGUUCAGCGACCCGGGACAUCCUAAAGAGAUGUUGAAGGAGUUGAACCAACAGCGCAGAGCGAAAGAGUUUACAGACCUGAAAAUUAUUGUUGAAGGCAAAGAGUUUGAAGUCCACCAAAAUGUUCUAGCUUCCUGCAGCUUGUAUUUCAAGGACCUGGUGAAAAGGUCAUCGGGGGAGACGAGGAGCGGGGAGACUCUAGAGCUGACCAUGAGCAACAUCAGCGCCGACGUGCUGGAACUGCUGCUGGAGUUCGUGUACACCGGUUCGCUGGUCAUCGACUCUGCCAACGCCAAGACGCUGCUUGAGGCUGCCAACAAGUUCCAGUUCAACACCUUCUGUAAAGUCUGUGUCUCCUUCCUAGAAAAACAGCUGACUGCAGCUAAUUGUCUUGGAGUGCUGGCCAUGGCUGAAGCUAUGACUUGCACGGAGCUCCAUAACAUGGCCAAAGCUUAUGCACUGCAGAACUUCCCUGAGGUGGCAGGAAAGGAGGAGAUUUUGAGCGUGUCCAAGGACGAUCUGCUGGCCUACCUCUCCAACGACAGCCUGAACACCAAAGCUGAGGAGCUGGUCUACGAGACGGUCAUCAAGUGGAUCAAACGAGACCCCAACACCAGAGUGCAGACUCUGUCAGACCUGCUGGCGGCGGUGCGUCUCCCCUUCAUCCACCCGUCCUACCUGCUGAACGUGGUGGACAACGAGGAGCUGAUCAAAUCGUCGGAGGCGUGCCGCGACCUGGUCAACGAGGCCAAGCGCUAUCACAUGCUGCCCCACGCGCGGCAAGAGAUGCAGACGCCCAGGACCCGACCGCGCCUCUCUGCCGGUGUAGCGGAGGUGAUAGUUCUGGUGGGGGGGCGCCAGGCGAUCGGGAUGAACCAGCGCUCCCUGACAGCAGUCACCUGUUUUAACCCCCAGAGCAGUAAGUGGUACCCACUGGCCAGCCUGCCCUUCUACGACCGCGAGUUCUUCAGUGUCAUCUCGGCAGGAGACAACAUCUACCUGUCAGGGGGCACAGAGUCUGGUGUGAUGGUGGCUGAUGUGUGGUGCUACAUGUCACUGCUGGACAACUGGAACCUGGUGUCCCGUAUGACUGUGCCCCGCUGCAGACACAACAGCCUGGUGUAUGACGGCAAGCUCUACACCAUCGGAGGACUGGGCGUCUCUGGUAACCUGGACCACGUGGAGAGGUACGACACCAUAACCAACCAGUGGGAGACAGUUUCUCCUCUGCCGAAGCCGGUCUACUCUGCAGCAGCCACGGUGUGCGGAGGGAAGGUCUACGUGUUUGGAGGAGUGAACGAGGCCGGGCGCUCGGCGGGGGUCCUGCAGUCCUACGUACCGCAGAGCAACACCUGGAGCUUCAUUGAAUCCCCCAUGAUAGAUAACAAAUACGCCCCUGCAGUGAGUCUAAACGGUUUUAUAUUCAUCCUGGGAGGAGCCUACGCCCGAGCCACCACUAUCUAUGAUCCAGACAAAGGCAACAUCAAGGCCGGGCCCAACAUGAAUCACUCCAGGCAGUUCUGCAGCGCUGUGAUCCUGGACGGGAAGAUCUACGCCACCGGAGGCAUCGUGAGCAGCGAGGGUCCGGCUCUGGGCAACAUGGAGACCUUUGACCCCUGCUCCAACACGUGGACGCUGCUGCAGUCCCUGCCCUGCCCGCUCUUCAGGCACGGCUGCGUGGUCAUCAAGAAGUACAUCCAGAGCAGCUGAGUGGGCUGGGACCCCGACUCACGGGGUCCACGGCAACCAGCUGAGCUCCGGGCCGGGGGACAACGUGCGACGGCAGCUUGGGGCGGGGGCCGGUCUGACGACGACCUCUGGACGCCAGCACCCACCCACUCUGUCUCCUGUCCCUCCACCCAAAAACAGCCCUGUGCAGAAUGUACUCAUGUUCAGCUACUCAGCCAUGUCAGGUGACCUAACCUCCAGUACUGUGUCAUGGUAGUAGUUCAUCCUCUCAUCCAACAGGCACAGGGACCCUCUUAGUAAACUACAAAAAAAUAGAUUUUUUUUGUAGUUCUGUCUUUUCCAGAUCUCCAUGAACUCACCAUGUUUUUCUUUACUAGGAGCCAUUGUCGGUCCAGAUUUCUGUUCCUUUUUGAGAAUUCUGUUUGACAGAUGUACGUUUUACAGUCAAUAGAGCAGAGUUCCUUUGGGGGUAUGAAUGUCUUUUCAGUAGGGACAUCUAAAGGACACGAGGAAAAGUAAAGGAAUCCAACGACUGCUUUCCUCUGUUUCGGGAAGCGCCUACAUCCAGUGUGGAUUUAUGAGGUAAUUUUGGAAACAGAUUUUGAACUCUCUGUGUUACUCUGGGGAAACAUAGGAAAAAUCAUAAAAUCUGGGUCAUGUAGGGUUUACAAGAGGAACACUUUAUUUGAUCUGCAUUCUUGUGAAAUUCCAGCUGGAUUGAGAUAACAUCUGGGAGGUGAGUGGCCUGUUUGCCCCUUAAUUCACACUCUGAGAUAAAGACAAAUACAUUGAGAGAGGGAAUUGCCCCUUCCGCUGACCUCUGAUCAGAAGAUGAUCUAGAAAAAAAGCACAAUAUCACCUGUGACUGUUAUUAUUUGAUGUCUUCAUCAGUUUGCCCCUGCCCCCUUCUCUUUGUUUUAUACAACGUGUUCCAUUGCAACCCUUGAGAUUUUGGGGUUGGUAUUCUGUAAAUACAGGAAGGAAAAUGUAUAUUUUGAAACCUGAAGGCAAUUCUGUAUAAAUGUUUUUAGAAAAAAAAGAUUAGGUUGGAUUCAAAAUGGUAUGUCUGUAAAUCUGUACCCAAAAAGGAGAAAUUAACAAUUGUUAUUAUUGAAACCUAAUACAUAUACCAGAACAUGAA